AGUAGAAGUGUUUUCUUUUGUUUUCUUCUAGCGACUUCGCUGUGUUUCUCGUUCCCAUAUAAACGAGUUCGUUCACGUACUUAUACAGCAGCAACGGGGAGAGAGCUGGUUGUUAUUAAAGAGAGAGAGAGAAAAAAUAUAUAUAUAUGCGCCUUUCGCUCCUGUCUUCGUAGCAGAGUAAUUCAACGUACUAGCUUUUUCUUUUUAAGCAUUUGAGAGUCACUGUUGAGGGUACUCUUUUUUUUCGCGGUGCCUUCUUUUUCAUUUUAUGCAUUCGUAGAGCUCCUCGUCUCUUCGUCUCUCUCUCUCUUUCCGCGUGUCGCCCGCGGUGCCGCAACAGCAGAGCCGCUCGCAUUAAUUCUAUCUUCAUCGUCAGUGUUACACAGUUUUCAGCUCGUGUGGUGAUUCUUUUUUUUCUUCUUUUUCUCUUUGGUUCUUCUUCCCUCUCCUUCUCGUUUCGUCUUCGUUGUUUCGUUGUGUACGUGGAGUGGCAUCAAGCUCCACAUUUCCACCCUUUUCGCGGCCGACUACUCUGCUUCUUUUCGUCUGCCAGGGAAACUCCUUUUUUUUGGUUGUUGUUUUAAACCGACCUUCUCCUUUUUUUGCUUUUAAAAUUCGUCUCUUCCCUUUUCUUUUCCUUUCAAGCGCUUCUCUUGGUUGCAUCCUUGCUGUUACCUGAGUCCGCUAACACAUUCAUUCUGCUUUUUGCUGUUGUUACUUCUUUAUCUUCUGCCUUGGCUCGUUUUAUUGUUUGCUUAUUUGCCUCCGUACUGCUACACCUCCGUUCAUCUCUGUAUUGAGGGGAAAAAAAAUCUACUACCUAAUACCAACGGAGGGGCACGCAAUCGGUCAUCGUCAGCUACGGUAAGCCGUUCUUCUCGUUUCGUUUCUUUUUUUGUUUUAUUGUUUUCAUCAUUGUUACUUCUUCGGUGGCAUUUUUCCCUCUUCUUUGGAAUCCACCACUUUCUUUCUUUCUUUACUUCUUCUCCAAACACCAAAUAUCUUCUAAACCUCUCGUUAUCUUAUUGCUGUUAUUACUGCUUUUGUUUUGUGGUUGUUGUUUGUCGUGUUGCAGCCGUCGGGAGCCUCAUAGGUGGACCUUCGUUUUUUCCCCUUGCUCUUUGUCGCCUUCCCUUUUGUGUAUUGUACGUUGUUGGGUGACGGACGCACGCCCACCAGCAAAUCACACUAUACAGAAUUACAACGGAAAAGGUGUAAAGCGGCGCUACAUUUCUUUUUGUACUACUCCGUUUUGUUUUCUCUCUCUCGCCUACCGGACUCCCCGCUGUUUUUCCAACGGUCUUUGUUGUCGUGGCUUCCUCCCGUUGUCGUACACAUCCGCUUUGCGCCACUCUUUCUGCCGUGUCUAGCGCCGCGUUCUUUUCGUUGUCUUGUUUAUUAGUAUUAUUAUUUCUAUUGGCUUCCCCCCCCCCCUCCCCCUCUUCUUUUUUGUAGCUUUUGUUUUGCUUCUCCUUUUUGAUCAUGUCGACAUCGGAGCCGGCCCAACGGCGGCAUGUGCGGCGUCCCACACAGAAGCCCAGCGAGGACGUGCGCGCGCCACACAAUCCGCCGGACAGUAUCACCGACGGCGACCUCCCUGCGCACUCCCCCCUCCCCCUCCCCGACGCAGACGAACGCUACGACAGCGUGCUGUUAUCCUCCCGCAGCACGACGACAUCCCUGUCGCGGCAGCAGACGCUAUCGCACACGGCGAGGACUUGCGCCUUUACCGAGUCGCCCUUCCUUUACUCGCCUACUCUUGCGGCUGCACGUUACAGCAACACGCCAACCGUGACAUUGAAGUCGACAGCCAACAGCACCCCCACCUCGGCAAAGGUCUCACCUACCACUGCUACCGCCACCUGUGAAGGGGAGAACGUGGAGAGCAACGAGGGUGUUGUGGCCAACAAAAAACCUGACGGUCCUUUCGUGGCCGGCGCCACGCCGGAGAAGAGCAGCGCGAAACGUGGGUUACAGGGCAGCCCGUCGCCGCAGACACACAUCGGCGGAGACGUCAGAAACGAUGGAAGCGAGCUGCAUCCUGUCGAGGAGAGUCUUUCGUUUGAGAUCUACAACUGUCACCCGUACAACAUCAGUCAGGGUCGUAACCCAUUUAUACCGAAUGAGAUGCGCUUUCCACGCAGCUACACUGGCAGCGCAUACCGGGAGUCCCCCGUGGCACCAAACGUGCUGCCGAUGGUCUCGCUCCCCGACGACGUCAAUCAGCGCUACCUCGCGUCGGCGAGUUCGCGUGAGCAGCCGCCGGGUGGGCGCUACGCGGCCAUGUCUCAAAGCUCACGCUCCGAGGAAGCCCACCAGCUCACUCCGCGACCCACGGAUGGCGAGAGUUUUUUUGUUGAGGGCUCCUCUCAUCCUAAUGGUCGCGGCACGCUUCUCGAUGACAACGUACGGCACAGCGCCACCGAGAGCUUCUUGGCCGACGACGGGGGCAGCAGCAGCGCACAGCCUCUACGGGUGGAUGCGUCGAUGAGCUCGCAGAGUUUUAUGCGGAACUUCAAGCGCCGGCACACCGCGAAAGCCGCCAGCGGACGCGGUGGGAAUGCUGGGAAUGGCCGUUACGCUUCGGCAAGCUCGAGCGGCUCCCAUCGGAUCUCCGCGGACGUGGCCGCGACAAGCGGUAGCAGUGGCGCCGGUCCUGGCCCGGAGGUGUUCUCCUCCGACCAGCUCACGCAACUGCGCCCCGCCCACAGCAAGCGGCGAGGUGGAAAUGCCGCCGCAACGGCCGCUGCAGCGGCGGCGCCCGACGACGGCGGUGACACACCGCACGGUCGACAAGACGUGAAUGUGCUGGGCAUCAACUCCAGCGAUAUGUUCACGCGCGCCACGACGGCCCCUGCCGAGGAUGGCGUCGCGUCCCCCUCCACGGCCGACUUCUCCAUGGUGCGUGCCCCUGUGACGGGUCUGCAUGCCAAAGUCCUGGGCAACACCGCCGUGGACGAGAACGAGGCCGCCGAAGACCCCGAAGAACGCGAGUUGCUCACGCAGCAGAUUCACAACUUCGUCUCGAAGAUUGUGCGAAAGCACCGCGAGGAGUCGACCGGCUCUCCGCAGGCGCAGCCGCCGUCGUCGCCCUCCGGUUUGCCUGCUCUCGACGUGGAGCACGAGAGGAAAGCCGAGAUUCUUCGACGUGCAAAUGCCGAAGCUGCCGCCGAGGAGGCAGAGCUACAGAAGAAGGAACGACGUCCAGGUGUCAACGCCAAUGCGGCGGCGCCGCAUUCCCUUUCCCGCCCCUUGGACGCCUCACCGACUACACCACCGGGAGACACCACGGCCGCGAACAGCAACAGCAAUGAACCGACGGCGGCGGAGGGAGGGCGUCCGGGGAGGGGUGAGAAGGCCCACAAGCGUGUUCGUUUUAACCUGGAAGGAUUGCCUCCCCGGGACGAAGAGGGACCCAACGCACUGCAGAUGCCGCGACACAGCAUGGGGCGGACCGACGGCGCGCCGGUAAAGCGUCCGCUCUCGCCGCCCGUUUUGCUCCCCACUCCUGACACCCCUACCACCGCCAGCAGCGCAACACCGGCGGGUGAGACAAAACACACGUCCACCAGACGGCACAGCUCCCCCCAGACGGUGGACGUCCGCUCCCUUUUAUGCGCUGGCGUGACGGAGCGAAACCUGCAGCUGCCCUCCAGUCCCACGGCGGAGGGGACGGCGACGACGACAACAGAUGCGGCAGAAGCGGAGGAGACGACGUCGCCACUGCCGCUGCGAUACCCCGUCAGCGUCGCGGACUCCUUCAUGAGCAGCCAACCGUGCACGCGGAAGGCUUCACGUGAUGACAACGACGAGCAGCAGCCGCAGCGCACCACCGUGACGUCGGAUGUAUCUUUUACCCCGACGAGUGCGCUGCCUUCCUCCUCGUCCGCCGUCAACACCGUCGGAGGUGCAGCGGCGGCGACAACAAAGUGCCUCCCGGUGCCGCCUGCGCCGGCGGCGGCCAUGCAGUUCACCUCCCCCACGCAGGAACCGCAGAGGCGGCACAAGUCGGCGGCGAAGGUGCGGAAGGCGUCGAAGAUGCACCGCAAGGCUGUCGUGGCGCUGGUCGUGGGGGCGAGUGAGUCGGUCACGGCGUUGCAGUCGAGGGACUCGUCCUCCACCCAGCAUUCCCAACUCGGACCGCUCACCCAACCAUCGCUCAGCCUGCUCAGCUCGAUGGAGGUGUGCAUGCCGGCGAGCGCGCGCAACGUAGUAUGUGUGAACCUCAGCAAGCCCAACAUCCACGCGCCACCCCCCAUAAACACCAGCGUGAACAGCACGUCCACCAGUCCCAUGGCGACGAGUACGGGUCCGCCGCAUGGCGUCGCGCCCGACAUCGACGCCGCCACACCAAGCAAACGGGCCCACCGAAGCGAAUGGGGACCACAAAACCGCAACACCAACCUCGCCGCAGCAGCGCCAUCAACGCUCACCGCCUUCGAGCAACCCCCUCCGUUACGCUCCAUGCAACUCACUUCACCUCAACAGACCUCCGCCGUCCUCGUCAGCGCAGCCACCGCCGCCACCACCACAUCCUCGUUGUGCUCGAAAGACGGUGAGGCGAAGAGGCCGCGCGAACCGGCUCGGCGGAGGUCGGCCGCCGCCCGCACCGCACCCACCGACGACGCGGGAAGCUCCACCGCCCCUUCGUCGCGUCGCAGCAGCCUUGCCGUCAACGGCCCCACUGCACCGAAGCCGGGCGCCUUUGCGGAGCUGCCCCCGCUUUCUGCCUCGUUGCACAGCCGGACGUCGACGCCAGACGUCGCGGGGAGCCCUACCACGGCAACGGCGACCAACAUCGCAACCACCACGGGUGGGGAGGCGCAAGGAGUGCUGCUGCCCGCUGCACUAAACCGUCGCCCCUCCGCUUUGCACGACGCCGCCGGCUUGGUCUCUUGGGGGCGGCAGGAGCACUCCUGCAGCACGGCAGAGUUCAAGGACGAUCGUGAAAUGUCGCCCCGGUCGGCCAACGGCAGCGAGAGGUCCGCCACGCGAGAGUCGUCGGUGGCUGGGAGUGCGAGCGAAAAGGCUCUGGCGAUGCAGCAGCUCCCGCACGUGCUCCCGCGACUGUCAGGCUCAUCGCUGAAGCCGCGCUCUGCGUCGCAGACGAUAACGCCGCCGUUUUUAUAG